ACCCUAUAGCAGAUGUCAGCCAAGCAGCCUGUUGUACACUUCAGCACAGCUGAUCUCCUCAGACAUCUUUGUUUUUAGUUGUAAAAGUUGCUUUUUCUCUGUAGGAUGGACAGUAAUUUUGAUAACCUGGAUGCUGCUGGGUUCCUGGAAAUCUGGCAACAUUUUGAUGCAGACGAUAACGGCUACAUUGAAGGCAAAGAGCUCGAUGACUUUUUCCGCCACAUGAUGAGAAAACUGGGUCCACAGGAGAAAGCCACAGAGGAGCGGGUGCAGAGACUGAAGCAGAGGUUCAUGUCUGUCUAUGAUGUUACAGCUGACGGGAAACUACAGAUUCAAGAGCUGGCCAACAUGAUCCUGCCUGAAGAUGAAAACUUCCUGUUGGUUUUCCGCAGAGAAGCUUCUCUGUGCAACAGUGUUGAAUUCAUGAAGAUCUGGAGGAAGUACGACGUUGACUGCAGUGGGUACAUAUCAGCUCAGGAGCUGAAGGCUUUCUUAAAAGACUUGUUCCAGCAUCACCAGAAAGAUGUGUCCUCUGACAAGCUGGAGGAGUACACGGACACCAUGAUGAAAAUUUUUGAUAAAAACAUGGACGGUCGCUUGGACCUAAAUGAUUUAGCCAGGAUCUUGGCUGUGGAAGAGAACUUCCUGCUUCAGUUCCAGAUGGAUGCCUGCAGUAAAGAUGAGAGGAGGAGAGACUUUGAGAAGAUCUUUAACCAUUAUGAUGUUAGUAAAACAGGAGCUCUGGAGGGUCCUGAGGUGGACGGCUUCGUCAAAGACAUGAUGGGUCUGGUCAGGCCGAACCUCACGGGUCCAGACCUGGACAAGCUGCGUGUUGUUCUGCUGAGUCACUGUGACGUCAACAAGGACGGAAAAAUCCAGAAAAACGAAUUGGCUCUGUGUUUGGGAGUCAARAUGAAACUUUAGAGCUCUUAUAGUAUGUUAUUACUAAAUACUGAUUCAGUGUGUAUUCUGGGGUUAAUAAUACUACAUCAUGUUUUGGUCCAGAUCAGCCUGAAUGCUGGAUAAUUAAGGUYAAUACAAAGUGUUCUGUCAAAAGCAAAACUAGGAGAUGAAAGGAUUUAAACUAUACAUCUCUCACCUGUAAUCAGUUUCUCGUGCAUGAUUUACUUGAACAGAAAAGAGAGUUAUGUCCAUGAUAUCUCUCUGUUUUUUCUUCUUUAUUUGAAGAUAUGUAUGAUGUAGGUUGAACAUGUGUAGACAAGAUGUAGCAGUGAAAGGCAUGUUUUUCUGUUUAAAAUGGCUUACAGUAUGUUUUGUAUUGUAAUAACGGAACAUAGAGUAAAUAAACUGUGGCAUACGAUGACA